AUGCGGCACAUCCACGCAGAGACGUCCCUGCCCCCGGAGCGCAGCACAGACCCCAGCCUGUCCCGGCCCGGUGGAGAGGCACCCUUGGAACCUUCCUCACAGCACUGCACCCACCACGGCAUCCUCAUGGGCUACAAUGAGACAGAGAUCAAACGCCAGAAGGUUUACCAGGUGUCCAUCUUUUCCCAUCUCUCCAGCUCCUCUGAGAGCUCGGAGCAGCGGGCAGGCAGCCGGCCGGCUGUCAAGUGGGGUUACCCCGAGCAGCGAACUACAGAGGGGGGGAGAGAUCCCAAACGAACUCACUGGGGUGGCGGGGGAGUGGACAGCAAGCGUGACGGGGGCCCUGGGCAGGCUUCCCUGGAUGAUGACGAUACCUUUGAGGAUGGUCUGCUGGUGGAGUCCCUUUGUGGCUCUGCCCAACACUUCUCCCACAGCGGGUUGCGGGUGGUGGAGCACCGGUGUGAGGGCAGCCCUAGCAACAGCCCCAAAGCCAGCAGAGAGAACAAGUUGCAGGAUGUGUCCUCCUCCUCCUCCUGGCCCCAGCACAUUGCUUGCAGUACUUUGCACAAAAGAGACGGUUGCUCUGUCUCAUUGGGGGAUCAGCCCACAGCCUAUGGGGAGAAUGAGGAGCAGGCAAGUGGCCACAACUUACUUCACCUUGAUUUGCACAAUAUUGCACAAACAGCCUGGUUGGACUCUGGUGGGAAGAGAGAGAAGCCAGAGGGCAGCUCAGCUCACAGUAGCAGGGCUAGUGGCGAAGAGGAAUGGCCAGUGGUGCCCAAUAGGUGCAAGGAGCCCCCAGCUCCUCAGACAGCACUCAGUCCCGAGCCCAGCAACCUGAGCUCCUUGGAGAAGACUCCCUGCGGGAGCAGCCAGCUCAGCAGCGGCAGGCGCCCGGCCCAAAGGGAAAUGAAGAAGAGGGCCCUGCUAUGCCAUCCGUUGCCCACAGCCUGCCGCAGCACUGAUGCCAAGGGGGCCCCAUUCUGGAAUCACCUGCUUCCCACGGCCAAGAGCUCUGCGGGUUGCACUGCACUUGGGAGGAGGGUGAAGAGCGGGCUGCGCCUCAAAUUGCGACAUCUCCGAAACAGCCUCCGGAGGGGUACUAGGUCCUCCACAGCAUCCUGGGCCACCACCACUGUCAGCCAUGCUCUGCUGGGCAACUUUGAGGAGUCCAUCCUGAAAGGGCGUUUUGCACCAUCGGGGAGGAUCGAGGGGUUCACAGCAGAGAUUGGUGCCAGCGGCUCCUACUGCCCCCAGCAUGUCACCCUGCCUGUUGACGUCACCUACUUUGACAUCUCCCAACACAGUGUGCCCUCGCCUUUCCUGGGAGUGAUUGACUUGGAGGCCUUGGGAAAGAAGGGUUACAGUGUCCCCAAAGCUGGAACCAUCCAAGUGACCUUAUUUAACCCCAACAAGACUGUGGUGAAGAUGUUCUUGGUGAUGUACGACUUCCAGGACAUGCUGGCCAACCACAUGACCUUCCUACGCCACCGCAUCUUCCUGGUGCCUGUGGGGGAGGAGGAAAGGGCCACUGUAGCCCCCAGCAACCCACCGGGUACCAGCUCACCCUGAAGGAUCCUCUGCUACCUGAUGCACCUAAGGUUUCACAGCUCCAAGUCAGGGAAGAUUUACCUUCACGACAACAUCCGGCUGCUUUUCUCACGCAAGUCGAUCGAGGUCGACUCAGGGAUCCCCUAUGAACUGAAAUCCUUUACAGAGAUGCCGAGGAACCCCUGCUACUCACCCCUCGCCUGA